AUAAAAGAGCACUCAACUCGAAGCCUGUGACUUUUAUAUAACCAUAUCUUCAUGUGAUCAACUUUCAAAAGGCUCAGUAAAAGCCUUGCCCCAAUUGCACUUUAAUAUGCCUAUAUAAAAGGCCAACCCCUCCUCACUUCACUUCCAUUCUUCUCAAGAAAACAUGAAGAUCUUCACAUUAUUUCUCAUUGCCAUCCUCCUCAUACAGGUUUUCGCAGAGGCUGUUUCCAUGAACAAUGCCGAAGAUACUGCUGCACAGAUAGCCGAAGCAGCAGGCAGUGAAGGAGCUCUUCACAGAAAAAUUCACCCAAUUAAGAGGAUCCACUGUGGGUAUGCAUGUGCUAGAAGAUGCAAGAAGUCGUCAAGAAAGAAUGUGUGCACAAGGGCAUGCAAGACAUGUUGUGCAAGAUGCAAGUGUGUUCCACCAGGCACUUAUGGUAACAAGGAAGCUUGCCCCUGCUAUGCUAGGCUUAAGACUCAUGGCAACAGGCCUAAGUGCCCUUAAUUAGUACUUAAUUUGUUUGAGAAAAAUUGCAUCUUAUUUAUUAAUAAUUGAUUAGGUUUUAACUAAUUUAUCCUUUUUUCUGUUUUACUUCUGGGGGACCGAGUGUUUGGGAGUCAGAGGGAAUAAAGUGAGAGAUAUUGCUGCGUGAGUGUAUGCACUGUGCUAUUGAAUAUUUGAUUAUGACUCUUUUGUUUGUGAGAUAAAUUAAUACGUAAACAUAUAUUAUAUAUGUAUUCUGGGGAAUAAAGUUAUUGAUGUUUUUUUGCUUUGUUU